CAGUUGGGCCGGCGGUGAAGUACGGUCUCCGGCGUGCUUAGCGUGACCUGCGGCGGCCUCCCGGCUCCCGCGCGUGAUUCAGCGUGCUAGCGCCGCCCGCCUGCUCUCCGGCCUGCGUGUGCCGCCGCCUCCCCGACGCCACCCGCGCCCAUCCGACUGUGACUCCUCCCCCGCGCCAUUCGAGCUCCGGCCCUUGUGCACCACCACCGCUGCGGCCGCCGGUAGCCUCCCGAACGCGGCCCAGCGAGCCUCCCUGUCACGGCCGCGCCGGCCCACGCGCACCCGAAGCGUCGGGCCUGCCGCGCGCGUUCGACAGUGACGCAUUCCUACCCACCGAGCACGCCCGCGACGCCGUCGUGCUCCUCCCCGCCCCGCGACGCCGGCCCCGACGCUCCCUGGUGCAGGAGUUCUUCACCACCUCGCCCACCUAGUGCUCGACAGAUUGCCUCAGCCAGGUAAGGCACUGAAGCAUGCUUAUUUUUAAGUAUAAAUGUAUGUGUGGGGCACUGAAGCGCGGCCAAUCCGCUGGUGCGCUGAUGGCUUGUGUUCUGCUAGAAUAAAUAUGGGUGCAUGCACAUAAGGUCGUUGCUUUUCCUUCCCAUGGAAUAUUACUUUGCUAAUUUUCUUGUGAUGAUCAAAGUAACAAAGUUGAUCCAGCUUCAACGGCUACUGGCCAUGCUAUUGCAAUUCUUAUUGAAGUCAAAGCUGCGUCUCUUUGGUUUUAUAUUCUUUGUUGGUUACCACAAUAGACAGAUAUUUUACACCAUGUUUGCUUCAUUUCCUGUUAUUUUGCACCAUGUUUCAGAUAGAUAUGUAUGCUCCGCAGAUUAACUUCUGACAGCAGCAGGGCUCAUGAAGUCAAUCACCUUAUUCCUCGGCACCACAUGCCUCUCUUGGUCUAGGCUUCCCUUCUGAGUUUUUAAGUCAUUAUGGUCAGGAAUAAAUUUCUACAAGAUUGGGAAAGGAAAUUAUAGACUGAUUUAUUAUUUUAUUACAGAUUUUCCAUUUUAACAUGGAAACUAAACUAUAGUUGCACCACGGUCCAUAAAGUAUAGUAAAUGACUGCAUGCUAAGGAAAAAAAAAUUGUUAUCAUACUUUGACUUUGCAUUUCUGUCCUAUGUUGACAAAAUAUUGCAGCAGACUAGUAGAGAAUUAAGCAAAUUUGGAAUUAAGAAUACUCUAACUUCUUAAGCCUUAGCUUGUGUGACUACUGUAAUUGUAGGGUUCAGCCUCCUGCAUUAUGUGUGGUACACAGAAGCAGUUUUUCAGUUGUCUUUUCUUGGUGCUGCUUGAUGAGGAAUCAUUUAAUCUGAUGCAAAAGAAAAAAAGGAAUUUAUACAGUAAAUUUGCAGGUUUUCAUUGCUCGAAUUUUUUUUAGUGCAAAUUAAUUCUACAUCAGCAUCUUAAAUUUCAGAGGCUGUUCCUUACUUUGAACAGGACUUCGUUCCGGCCGACGCAUUUCUUCUCCAACAUCGAAAGAUUCCAAGCUCUUGCCAACCUGCCCAAUGGCAAAGACGGCAGUGGCGACAGUGCUGGACAUCACGGAGCUUUCCUUCUCUGACCUACUCCUCCUCCAAUCUCCUAAAACGCCAGCUGAUGACCACCGCCGUCGCCGCGUCCUGGACACUGUCGCUACCGAGCUCGGCCGAGGUGGAUCCGGGUUGCUGGCCAUCACUGAGGUACCGCGUGUGGGCGCCCUCCGACGGCGGCUCCUCCCCUUGUCCCGCCGCCUUGCCCUCAUGGACCAUCCUACUCGCUCCCAAAUCCUCAAGAAGCAUGGUUUGGGCAGCGAUGUGCCUUUGAAGAAGCUCGACCGGUCUGUGUCAUCAUUUGCGAAGCUUCUAAGGCAUUCACGUAAACUCACCUUGCUAGAGCUGGUGAACAACACUGAAAGCAUCAGCAAUGGAAUUGUUUGUUUGGAGAAGGUACAUGAUUUUGAUGGAUCUGAGGAAUCCAACAGUGACGAUGAGAUGGACAAUAUUGGUGAGCUCGUUACAGAACUGGGCUUGUACAUGAUGGAGCUUGGGAUUUUGAUUGCACGAGCUUGUGACAUUGUUAUCGGUGGAGGUCAGUUAGAAAAGAGCAUCACUGACUUUGGUACUGCAAAGGCAAGGCUCAUUCACUACCACUCUGAGUUGGAUAAUAUUGUUAUCAGGGAGAAGGAUAGCAGUACAAGAAAAUGUUCAUUAAAGAAAGUGGCAGUAAAACCCUAUCAACUGGGUUCUCAAAGGAGGUCUGGAUCAUUGUGCCCCUGCUGCAUCAAGUCAGAAGAUAUGACUUCUGUAAUGGCAAUAAAAGAUAAUAAUUCUAGAGAUACCUCGGUUGAGGGUCAGGCUGCUGAAAUUUCCCUGUUAAAUCUAUGGCAAGAGUGGCACUAUGACUUUGGAAUCCUUACUGUUUUAACAGCACCGUUAUUCCUGAGUGCUUCUGAGGGAGAAGAAUGUUUAGUCGGCCAGGAAUACCAUCAUCCUAAUGGGCACACACACUUGCAGUUAUGCAAUGGGAGGAAGAUAUUCUCUGUUAAAUGCUCUCCUGAGAGCUUCAUUGUUCAGGUUGGAGAGGCAGCAGACAUCUUGUCUAGUGGGAAACUGAAAUCUACUCUUCAUUCUGUGAGCAGACCUACAAGUUUUACAGACAUCAGCCGUGAGACUUUUGUAGUCUUCCUUCAGCCCUCAUGGGACAAAACUUUAAGUUAUCCUGAUUACUGUUUGGACACUGAAGAGCAAUCUAGUCAUAACAAUGAGACUUCAAUCAUCAGUAAUGGAUCAGCGGGCUCUUGUGAUGAAGAUGUACAUAUGCAAGAUAUUAUGGAAAAAAUUCCCCCUCUAUCAUCAAGGCUAAGAGAAGGGAUGACAUUUGCUGAAUUUUCUCGGCAAACAACAAAACAGUAUUAUGGUGGCGGUGGCAUCCAACAGAACAAUUGAACACUAACAAUACAAUGGUGAGAUCCAUGUAGCAGACAAUGAAUUGAUAUAGUGAGUUCCAUGCUGAUACUGUUGGAAAUGCACUGUGGAAGCAUCCUGGUAAACAAUGUGUACAGUUCAUCCUCCUUAAUAGUUACGCUUUGCAAUUGUUCACGUCAAAAUUGGUGUUUCCCCUCUAACAAAAGGACGUGCAGCUCUCUUUGCGUGUUUGAGAAAAAGAAGUGGUGCCUUUAACUCGUGUUGGCAAACUUAUUUGA